CCUUUUAUAUACAAACAUAUAUACUUUCUCUCUCUAUAUAUAUCUCACGCAAAAAUACACUUUCUCUCUCUAAAAAACCCAUCAAAGAUUCGUUUGCCGUACGCGACGCCCCGCCUUCGAAUCCCUCCUCCCCCCAUCCUUUACUCUUUCUCUCUCUAGAAAAAUUUUUCUUUCUUGGAUCUCAAGUUUAUUCCAUUUCCUGAUUCUACAUAGAUCCCUUUAUGCUUCACCACUUCUCCGACCCUUUUCCCAUCUCCGGAUCUAUCUAUGUUGAGACAGAUUUUCUCAAUUUAAUCUCUUAAAUUUAUAUAAUCUAAGUUAAUCGAAGUUAAUCAACCAUGGACAACAAUUACACAGAGAAAAUGCAGAGGUUUCGUGACUAUAUUGAAGCUUUAGAGGAGGAACGUCGGAAGAUUCAGGUCUUCCGAAGCGAGCUUCCUCUGUGUUUAGAGCUCGUCACUCAAGCGAUUGAUACAUGGAAGAAACAGUUGUCUGGGACGACGCCGACAACGACUAUGGAGUUGUGUAUUGGGCAAUCUGAAUGUUCUGAGCAGACAUCAACUGAUGGCCCUGUUUUGGAAGAACUUUUUCCGGUGAAGAAAAGUUCAUCUUCUGAUGAAGAAGAACAAUCUCAAAAACCCAUAAACAAUAGAAUCAAUCAGGACUCGGACAACAAAAAAAAUGAGAAAUUGACAACAAAAUCGGACUGGCUUAGAUCUGUUCAACUAUGGAAUCAAACCCCAGAUCAACCCAUCAAAGAGGACACACCCAGAAAGGUUUCAGUGAUAGAGGUCAAGGGAAAUCUUAAUGGUUGUGGUGCUUUUCAGCCUUUUAAGAGAGAGAAAAUGGGUGGUUCACCCUGUGCAGUGGCUCCGUCUGCCACGACGAGCUCGACGGCGGAAACAGGGGGCAGUAGUGGCGGUGGUGGUGGUGAUGAUGGAAGUAAGAGAGAACAGAAAGGAGGAGGACAGUCUCUGAGGAAGGAGAGGCGGUGCUGGUCGCCGGAGUUGCAUAGGCGGUUCUUACAUGCCCUUCAACAGCUUGGUGGCUCUCAUGUGGCUACACCAAAGCAAAUUAGGGAAUUAAUGAAGGUUGAUGGGCUUACAAAUGAUGAAGUGAAAAGCCAUCUACAGAAAUAUCGUUUGCAUACAAGAAGACCAAGUUCUUCAAGUCAAAAUAGCAACCCACAAGCACCACAGUUUGUGGUGGUGGGAGGGAUAUGGGUGCCACCGCCAGCGGUGGCAUCAACAACAGCAUCAGGGGAAGAACAGGGAGUUGCGACUUCUCAUGGAAUUUAUGCACCAAUUGCUGCACCACCACCACCACCACCACCACAGAAACCACCACUAUGUCUCCCUCAAGUAGCGGAGCAAUCCAAGCAAUUGCAUUCAGACGAGAGGAGCAGUGACAGCGAAGGCAGAGCUCAUUCUAAUUCCCGGUCUACAUCUUCCUCCACGCAUACCACCACGGCCUCUAGUGUUUUGGUUCCUGUUGUAUGAAAACUUUGGAAGAGGGUACACAUGUAGAAAUGCUGUAACAAAACCAUACAUGAUGAAUACCCUUUGUAAUAUUUAGAUGUAAGAGAUGACAGUCGAGAAAAAUAUAGACAUUUUUUUUGUGUUCUUUUAUUCCUUAA